CAGUACAGAAAGAGUGUGCGUGUGUGUGCGCGCGCGCACAUGUAUGAAGCUGAGUUCAGGGCAGCGGGGUCUGUAUGUGUGCACGCACAUGCACGUGCAUGGUGUGUGUGGUGGGAGCCCAAAUGAUCCCCGCUGUGGUGAGACAUCCCGAAGCCUGGCUGCAGAGCAACUGCCAGCAGCUGUUCCAGCACAGCAGGGGCAGGACUGCUCCCACCACGCGUGUGCCCACACGUGUCAAUGGCUGCAUCGUGCUCAGGUGCGUGUGUCCCCCCCCAUGCCUGUGGCACGAGGAGGGGCCGGGAGCUGCGUGGGCAUGGCGCUUGUGUGCUGGCCCCCUACCCCGGGGCGCUGCGGCGUGGUGGGGAGCUGGCGUGCCUGUGUGGGCGCACUUGUGCCGUGGUGUGACUCUGCGUGUGUAACGGGUGCCUGUCGGUGACAUGGUGCUUGCGUGGGCGUGAAGCUGCAGGGUGGGGGUACCACCCCCCCCGGCCCCCAUUGGCGGCUCUCCUCUCGCCCACCCACACCGUGCCAUGGGCAGAGCCCCUUAUUUAACUCCGCACGGCAGCCAGCACCCUGGUACUUUGCCUCCCAGCUGAACCCGUGCUGGGAGAGCCAUCGGUGCAGCCUGUGGCCGCUGCCCACCUCGCCUCGACACAUCUCCCACUCCGCAGCCACCAGCGGCGAGGGACACUCUGCCCCCGGCUCCAUACUGGGCGACACCCGAGGGCUCAGCAGGUCUGUGCCUCCCACAGUGCCCGGCCCUGGGGGCUUCCCGGGGCUCCUGGGGGACUGCUGUGUCCUGUCCUCACCCGGCUCAGGCUGGGAGAAGGGAGGAGGGGGAAGUUGGUGAAGCCACUGGGAAGGGCAUGGGCUGGCAGACAAGAUGGGGUGAAGAUGCUGCUUGAAUUCAGGGAGGUCUUGGGGCAGGGGGGUUCUGGAAGCAAGUCUGGGUCUGGGAUCCAGCUGUCAGCAAGGAUGUGCCAGUGCAUGUGUCAGGGAGUGCGUGUGCGUGUCUCUGUGUGUGUGUGUGCCUGUGCGUCAGGGGAUGUGUGUGCUAACACAGGUGAACACGCAGGACUGAGUGCAUGCCGGCGUUUGUGUUCCUUGUGUGCCCGCGCUUGGGCUCGUGUGCGUGUUUGCACAUUCUGGCUGGUGUGUGACUGCAAAAACACAGCACCAUGGGCACGAGUGGUGGCAUGGGACCAACAGGUCCACAGUGGACCCCUGCCUCCCUGCACCCUCCCCUUCACCUCUGUGAUGCGUCCCCCCAUAAUGUGCCCCACACCCCUGUAAAGCAGCCCCCGGGCUGCUGCCCCCCGGUGCAGCCCCCUUCCCAGGACGCUGGCAGGGUGCCACCGGCCCGCAGUUCGAGGGGGGGAAGAGAUUCACUGCCCCGGCCCCCGCCGCUGCCCCCGGGAAGCGGCGCAGUCCCUCUGGCCGCAGACACGGGCGGGGGUCCCGCCGCGCCCGGCCCCCCCGUCUCCCGUGUCGCUGCUUUCCCUCCCCAGCGCUUGGCCCGGUCCCGGGCUCGCCCGGGCCGCCCCGCGGAGGGGGCGCUGGCUCGGGGCGGCCCCGGGGCCCCGCCGCUCCGCCGCUGACCGCCGCCCCCAGGCCCCCCCCGAGGAUGAGGAGCCGACCGGCGCUGGCGGCGCUGCUCGUCCUGGCACUGCCGCUCGCCCUCGCCCGCCGCCCUCCGGCCCCGCCGGGCCCCGCGCCCCCCGCACAGGGGAUGCCCGUCGCGGAGCCGCUGCCCUGGAGAGCCCGCGGCAGCCCCGGGGCCGCCUUCGCCGCCGUGCUGCAGCUGCUGCGGGAGGGGUCGGCCGGUCCUCCCGCGGCUCCGCAGAAGCGUAAGUCCCGCCCGGUCCCGGUCCCGGUCCCGCAGCCGGGCGCCGCGGCGCUGACGGCGGGUCUCUCCGCAGGGGACAUGCACGACUUCUUCGUGGGGCUCAUGGGGAAGCGGGCGGCAGAGCCCGGGCGGCCGGCGGGGCGGCGGGGCGGCGGCCCGUCCCCCCGGUGCUCCCCGGGGCCCCCAGCGGCCGGCGGGGCCCCGCGGCAGGCGUGAGCCGCGGGCCGAGCCGGCGAGGCCGGACGGGGCGCGCCCCGCGGACCCCCCCCCCUUCUCCCGCCACGGGGCCGGCCCGGGCUGUGCCCUGUGUCCCGGGGCGAGGCACCGGCACCGGGCACUGCGCCGCGGCGGCAGUACCGGCUGCGGGGGCGGCACGGCCGGGACGCCGCCCACGGACAGCGAAGCCGUCGUGGGACCCGCCGGGGCUGGAGCCGCGCUCCCGCGCUGGGGACUGUGCGG